AUGAGAAUCCACGCGUUGGCCUGUUUAGGUCUUCUCGCGACGGUGUUCGGAUUGGAGCUGCCAGAGUCCAACCAUCUAAGACUGCAACAUCCUUCGCCACCACCACAGCUGUUGUACGAGACAUAUCACGAGUUCCAGGGCUCUCCUUUCACUAACUACUCUGAGUUUCUACGUGAGCCAAUUAAUGAUACCACCGGGGUUACCAUUGGCCAGAUCGACUCCAUCAACAAGGCCCUUCGUCCGGUGCUGGAGAGCCUGACACACGAGAACUUCUUCAAGAUUUAUCGUCUCAACUUGUUCAAAGAGUGUCCAUUUUGGGACGGUGAAGGCUUUUGCAUGCACCGGUCAUGUGCCGUUGACACUAUUGAUGACUGGGAGGAUUUGCCGUUGAUUUGGCAGCCGGAAGCGCUUGGAAAAUUAGAGUCCACUGCCCAUGAACGCGAUCAUAUCCCCAACGUGGAUUUGGACGAUGAAACGUGUAUAGAUGCCAUUUCCACUAACGACAAUUAUUGUGAGAUAGAUGAGGAUGAUUGUGUUUACGUCAACCUUGUUGAUAACCCUGAAAGGUUCACUGGUUACGGAGGAGAGCAAUCGCUCCAGAUCUGGAAAGCCAUUUACAACGAGAAUUGCUUCCAGUUUGGCCAUUCCCAAUGUGUCGAGAAGCAAUUCUUCUACAAGGUGAUUAGUGGAAUGCACAGUUCCAUUAGCACACACCUUACCAAUGAGUUUCUGGAUUUGGAUACGAAGGAAUACGGUCCCAAUCUGAAGCAAUUCAUGGUCAAAGUGGGCGAUUUCCCAGAUAGACUCCAGAACAUGUAUUUCAACUACAUUUUGAUUGCAAAGGCUCUGUUGAAGUUGGACCAGUUCCAUGUACUGGAUGACUUUACCCUUUGCCAGGAUCCUGAGCUUGCACAAAAGGAGAGUGCUUUGAAGGAUGAUAUUCGCAGUCUGGUUGCUCCUUUCCAUGAUCAGUUUGGAUCAGAUUCGUACGCAAGAUUGUUUGACGAAAGGCAACUAUUCCAGGACGACACAAUUUCACUCAAAGACGAGUUUAAAGAACGGUUCAGAAACGUGUCGCGCAUCAUGGACUGUGUCCAUUGCGACAGGUGCCGUCUGUGGGGAAAAGUGCAAACCACCGGUUAUGGAACUGCAAUGAAGAUUCUUUUCGAGCUUGAUGGUGCUGAUAAUUCGAGUUUUACUCUCCAAAAGACUGAACUCAUUGCUUUAAUCAACACCUUUGACAGACUAUCCAAGAGCAUUUCUGCAGUCGGCAGGUUCCAGGACCUUUACAGCACGGAGAUCGUGAGGGAGAAUAUAGAUCUUCAAGCCACCCCAAAGACACAAAACAUUUUCAAGCAAGAGCUUAAAAACGUCUACGACGCGCUUUUGUUCGUGAUGAAGGCGUACAUGCAGAUCCCACGCAUGGGCUACAAUUGGUUGUUGAUACGGACCAUCUACUAUUGGAAUAAGCUUAUCGGAGUUGUUCGCGAGGACUUCGACGAGUCGCGGCUUUACCACAUUGACCUGUAA